UUUUGCAAGCCCCUCAUUGAUGUUGAAGUUGCAGAACAAUCUCCAGUUCAUCAAAGGCAUAUAUUUUUGCCAUUUUUGUUAUGCUAAGAUGGAGAUGUUCAUGUCUUUCUUCAACCUCAUGGCGUUCAAGUUUGUGUUGAUGUCAGUGUUUUUCUCUUUGUUGCAUGUAAUCUUAUGUAAAGACUGCAGAGCUCCAAAAUUAUCAGAACAUGGCCCCCCAACUUAUCCUGUAAUCGGCUGUUUGAUUUCUUUCUACAAGAACCGCACUCGUUUGUUAGAUUGGUACACGGAGUUGAUCGCCGAAUCGAACACCAACACGAUCGUGGUGAACCGGCUCGGUGCUCGAAGGACGAUUGUGACUGCCAAUUUGGAGAACGUUGAGUACAUGCUGAAAACCAACUUCAAAAACUUCCCUAAGGGCAAGCCUUUCACUGAAAUACUGGGUGAUUUUCUUGGCUAUGGGAUAUUCAAUGUGGAUGGGGAGCUUUGGCGAAUUCAACGGAAGCUAGCAAGCCAUGCUUUUAGCACCAGUUCAUUGAGAGAAUUCGUGAUGAGCACGUUGGAAGAAGAGGUGGAACAUCAAUUUUUACCUUUGUUGGAAUCAUUGGCGGAGGCAUCAGCGGUGGUGGACAUGCAGGACUUGCUUAGACGACUUGCGUUUAAUAUCAUCUGCAAGGUCUCCUUAGGGGUGGAUCGCUGUGUUUUAGACCCUUCUCAAUCCGUUUCGCCUCUCAGCAAAGCUUUCGACAUGGCAUCUGAGAUAUGCGCCAAACGUGGAGCUGCUCCUUUGUCAUUGGUAUGGAAAGUCAAGAGAUGGCUGGGAGUUGGAUCAGAGAAAAAGCUGAGGGAUUCAGUUGAAGAAGUCCAUGCAUAUGUUGAAGGGAUCAUUCAUGACAAGAAGAAAAAGAUGGACGAAAGCGACGACAAGCGCGGCGGUGAAGAUCUGCUAUCGAGGUUGAUAUCAGCCGGACAUGAUGAGGAAGUGAUGAGAGACAUGGUCAUAAACUUCGUCAUGGCAGGAAGGGACACAACCUCAGCAGCAAUGACAUGGCUCUUUUGGUUGCUGUCAUGCCAUCCAGCAACAGAGCAAGAGCUCCUGAAAGAGAUAAACAAAACGGGGGAAAGAUUGUUAGAUUAUGAAUCAUUGAAGGGAUUGAAAUUGUUGAAAGUUUCACUUUGUGAAUCCAUGAGGCUGUAUCCGCCAGUAGCCUGGGACUCAAAGCAUGCCAUGGUGGAUGACAUGUUACCUGAUGGUACAUUAGUCCAGGCAGGGGAUAGGGUAACCUAUUUCCCCUAUGGAAUGGGGAGGAUGGAAGCAUUAUGGGGAAAGGACUGUAACGAGUUCCGACCGAGCCGGUGGUUCGUUGAACCGAGCCACCACCACCGAGGGUCACUAAAGAAGGUAAGUCCCUACAAGUUCCCAGUCUUUCAGGCAGGUCCAAGAAUCUGUCUUGGAAAAGAGAUGGCCUUCAUUCAGAUGAAAUAUGUGGUGGCUUCCAUACUAAGACACUUUGAAAUCAAACCCAUCGGAUCAGAAACGCCAGUUUUCGUGCCACUCUUGACGGCUCACAUGGCCAGUGGACUAAAGGUUGUGAUUCAGAAACGUGAUCAUUCAAGAUUAGACUUUAGAAAAAAAUACAAUAUGCCAUCAUGUCUCUCAUCUGUAUAAUGAUUAGCUUAAACAAUUACAUACUUGUACAGAUCCUUGAUCGUAAUCAUUUGCAACAAUCAAGAUCGUUGGUCCAAAAUCAUGUGGUUAGCCUUCAAGGAACAAACACAUGAUUGUAAAAGCAUGAUCAUUGCUGAUUCUGUCUAAUACAUGCUCAGAAAUGCACAUGCAUGCAUGCAUGUUUGGAAGAAUUAUGUCACAU